GUGACGGACGGUGCGGGUGCAGCCGUAUUGGAUGAUGGACGGCUGGUGACCUGGGGCGAUGCAGGCUAUGGAGGCGACUCCUCGUCCGUGGCAUCUCAACUGACAAAUGUUCAAGAGGUGGUCACCACUUCAAGGGCAUUUGGGGCCUUGAAAAGCGAUGGCAGCGUCGUUGUUUGGGGUGAUUCCGGCUUUGCUGGCGACGCAAGCUCACUCGCUGCACCACUGUCAAGCGGCGUGACCAAGAUCGUGUCUGGUUUCUUCGCCAUGGCCGCGCUAAAGUCUGAUGGUAGUGUCGUUGCCUGGGGCAGUUCCGUUUUUGGUGGUGACACCAGCUCUGUUGCUGCCCAGCUAACCUCGGGCUGCGUGGGCUUGUAUUCGAACAAGCACGCCUUCGUAGUGCUGAAGAGCGACGGAUCAGCGGUAACCUGGGGUAGCGGUGCCUCAUUGACAUCACCAGAAGACAUCACAUCGCUCAUCGACUCCACGGUAACUGAGAUCCUAGGAUCUCAUCAUGCCUUUGCUGCAUUGCGGGCCGAUGGAAGAGUGGUCACCUGGGGCGACGUCAAUACUGGGGGCGACUCCAGGAUGCUUUCCUCACAGCUGUCCUCUGGUGUGACCAGCCUUCAUGGAGGUUCCAUGCAGUUUGCCGCGUUGAAGUCCGAUGGCACAGCAUUGGUGUGGGGCAUGGGGCCUACGGGGAGUACUUGGGGCGAAGCCUUCUCGUCAGCCAAGAGCUUUGCGUUCUCCCAUACGGCCGUGGCCAUUGUGUUCACGGAUGGCACAGUGGCCACCC